GGCCCUGCCACGGCAGUGGAAAUAGACUCGUCAUACGUACAUCACCCUGAGUGAUAGCACAACAUCAUGCCGUCUAAACUCGUGAUUGCCCUAGCGCUGAGCCCGGCUGCGGCUCUGCAGCUCCCGGGCGUGGGCGAGGUGGCACUCAAGCUGCCGCAUAGAUCCAGCGUCCUGCGAGACGCGAUUUCGCAAUUUGCUGCAGCGCAAGCGCACUCGAAGCAGUGUUUCGACCGCCGCCGCCGCGCGCGGCAACGCACAGCAUCUCAGAUGUAAGAAAAAGGGAGAUCCAAGAGGGACGCGCGCGGCCGCGGCGGGCGCUCGCGCGAACAAAAAUCCCAGCAGCACAAAGGGACACACGCCCGCGCGCGCGCGGUCGCCGCGGCUCGCACUAACUUACUACGCGCAGGUCCGCGCCCGCGCUGCCGUCGACCAAGGACCUGAAGGUCGCGGCCAUCGACUUUGUGGCGGAGGCGCGACAGAACCCGCUCUCGGCGCUCCCGGCCGCCGGCGCCGCCGGCGUCGCGGGCCUCGCGCUCUUCGCCGCGGCGUCGUCGCUGUCCCCGACCGUCGUCCCCGAGGGCGGCGAGUACAGGGGCCUGGGCAUCGGCCAGGACGGCAUCGUCAGGGUCGGCUUCCCCGCGGGCGGCGAGCAGUGCACAAAUCAAAUUUCGCGGCGCUUCUCAAUCACGACCUGCACGCCAUCGACGCGACGCCUGCUCGACGGCGUGGCGGUGCGGUUCUCUGACCGCGCCCCACCCGACACACUGAUUGAUUUGCGCACAGGCGGCGAGGUCUUGGUCCCCGGCGCGCCGUUCCAGCCCGAGAACGGCUACCUCGGCAUGUGGAACUGGGAGAAGCAGGUCAAGCCCGUGCCCAAGGAUCAAACUCCCGAGGCGCAAAAGGCCCUCCGCGCGGCCUUCGACGCCGAGCGCAAGAAAUUUGAUGUGGAGGCCCAGCAGCAGGGCUUCAAGUCGGCCGAGGCCCGCGGCCGGCGUCUUUCCUUUUACGAGGCAUCGCCGGCGUCACCCCCAUCAUACGCAGGCCCGCGGCAUCGCCGAGAAGGAGAAAAUCCUCGCCGAGAAGGCUGCGGCGAAAGCGGCGAAGGAAGCGGCCAAGGCCGCGAAGGCGGCCGAGGGCGAGAAGGCGGCGGCGGCGGCCAAGUCCGCGACGCCGGCGAAGCCGGUCUACUACGGCAACAUCAAGGGCAUCGCGCAGCCGUCGACGUACGGCGUCGGCGCGCCGAAGAAGUAGACCCCCCCCAAAAGUUGUAUAAUGC